AUGGCAAUCGUCGAGGUGGCCCACCAGUUCAACAUGCUCAACGUUGACAUCAAAGAUCUCCAAAAAGAGCUCACCGUGGAGGAGCUGCAAAUUCUGGUAGAAAAAGCGAAACGGGACGAGACGGAGGAACAAGCGGUAACUGUCAUCUUGAACGGACUGGGUGAACGAAACGCACUCGAACCGCCUCGGCGAUUUGUUCAACGACCACCACAAAUUAUGCCGCGACGCUUGGAAGCAGGUGACUUUAGAAAGGUUUUUCGUUGCCCCGGCAAUCCUGACAAAAAAGAGCAAGCCGGAAGAGAAGCAGAAGAAAAAAACGGCAAAAGAAAAGAAGCAAGAAAAAACGCCGGAAAACAAAGCCUAGGUUAUCUAGGUGUCAGAGAAGUAGUUCUGCCCACUACAGGCCCUUCCAUUCUAUCGCCAACUCCAACUCCGACACAGCGCGAACAACAAUAA